UCCUGUUUCUUUCCACGGAACUUCCCGAAUGAGUUUGCCUUUAGAGCAAGCUAAUGUUCAUUGUGCUAGUAUUACGGUCACGAAUCACCUAAUCGUAGUAUACUUAUCCUGCAAGUUAGUACUUCUUGACCGAAUUGCCAUAUUUAAGUGAUGAAUCUGAGGUACUUUAGGUUGGUAUUUAAGAAUUAAAGGACACUCGUCGACGUACCACCUCAGCUAAAAACAAAGCUAACGUUAGCAGUUUAGCUUGCUAGUUUGCGAUUAGCUUUCCAUGUGCGUACGAGGCUGCAAUGAAGUGUUCACGGAGCCUGCGGCAGCUAGUAAAGCAGCUGGAGAGGUUAAUAAUGCAGUAUAUUUCCUUUGUACUCCUGUUUUAUCCCGCUGCAUACCAGCCUGGUGAGGCGUGUGCUGCUGUAGCGGAGGAAGGGAGAACCAGCCCCGCAACCCUGAUACUGUGCAGGGCGUGCGGACAUGAGCUGGCGUCCGGGACGGACAUCCACUUCGUCCCAAGCCGACUGGCUCUUUCUAGCCGCAACGACACGUUUGUCGGAGGCCGAAGGGUUAACAUCCAGCUUUUCGAAAACCCCCACGGACACCAAUUUGAGGUGAUUACGUUCAGAAAAGCGGAUGUUACCCAGCACUGGCCUGCAUAUACACACUUCUCCUGGUUCCCGGGGUUCUCGUGGGCGGUGGCCACCUGUCCCAGGUGUAAAACUCAUUUAGGUUGGGCCUUCCAGCCCAGUGACUGGCCAGACACGAUCAGGAAAACAAACUUUGAGGAGUCUGAGCACACCUUCUUGGCUUUAAUCACAGAUCGUCUAUUAAGAGAAGACUUUGCUUCAAGUCUGCUAAUGACGCCAAAAUCCUUCGUGAGCUGAAGUACUAUUCACUGUACAAUGCAACUGUAAACCAGGUGCCUUUGCUGCUACUUACAACUAUUUUAAAAUAAAGUUAUAUGCACCUA